CACAUUUUCUUUUCUUUCUUUUAUUACUUGUCUUUUCCAAAUUUAUAUAUAUACUCAUAUUCAUAUUCAUUCAUCCAAAUCCAUUUCCAUUCAUUCAUAUUUAACGCUAUCUUCAUCUUCAUUUCUUCUGUGUAAUUUGAUUAUUGUUAUUAUUAUUAUUGAUGGGUUUUGAAACGGUUACGCGCGUGGCUUCACGCACUUCUGUGUUAUUUGACGCGCCGGGGGAUGAUCAUGAUGAUCAAGGGAAGGUUUUGUCUGAUGAGGUGUCCAGUACGACGUCGUCUUCUUCAUCGAUCGGAAGAGAUAGUGAUGAUGACGUGUCAUCUGAGAGAUCAAUGGAUGAAAAUGAAAAUGAAGCUCAAAGUAAAUACAAUGGUGGUGCUUUAGAUGCCAUGGAAGCUUUAGAACAAGUUCUUCCUAUGAGGAGAGGUAUUUCAAACUACUAUAAUGGCAAAUCCAAGUCCUUCACAAGCCUCGCCGAUGUUGUCACAACACCAUCAGUAAAAGACAUUGUGAAACCCGAGAACGCAUACACAAGGAGACGCCGGAAUUUGAUGGCAUUCAAUCAUGUUUGGGACAAGAAUAGAAAUUCUUCUUUGAGAAGCAAUGGUGGUGGAAUUUCCAAGAGAACAAUGAGCUUAAGUAAAAGUUCUUUAGCUCUUGCAGUUGCAAUGACAAAUUCUGAUAGUAACUCUAGUAUUUCAAGUGAUGAUUCACCUUCUUCAAGCUCAAAUUCUUCAUCACCUUCAUCAUCACUUCCGCCACUUCCUCCACGAAAUAGAGUGUCUUCUUUAGCAUCUCCUUUGCAGAGGAAUUUCUUUUCCUUGGCUGAUCUACAUCAUUGUGCCAUUGCUGCAUCAAUGAAUAUGUCAAGUUCUUCACUUGGACAUGAAACAACUCAUCAUCCAUCUUAGGUUACAAAACCUUAUGUUAACUCAUAGUGUUUAUUAACUUUCUAAAUUUUUUCAUUUGGUGAGUAUCUUGCUCUAGUUCUAUUUGUUUGAGCAACGAAGAAGUUGUAGAAAAUAAUAAUCAUAGAUAAGUCUUUUUUUUAGUAUGGUCUCUUCACAUUAACUAUAUAUAUUAGAUGAUAUAUAAUGAUUGUACAUAAAUCAAUGUGUUUAUAACGUUAGUGUUAGUCUUCUUGA